UAUGUAACACAUUCUAUAACAUAGAAAAAUCUAAAGUGUAAAGAUUUAAGCAUCCAUUGACCCAAUGUCAAUGCUAUAGUCUCCCUUAUUUUCCUUCCCAAAUCCCACUUACUACAUAUAGUCCACCAUUCUCUCUUCUCAUCACUAGUCAACUUUCCUCUCACUUUCUCCACCACCCAAUAAUCUUCAAAACCCACCAAACUAAUAAUUUGAAUUUCUUCUUUCAUUUAAAUUUAUUUGAUCAUUAAUUAUUCUAUACCAAAAAACACAUAAAACUUCAUCGUAGAGAAAAAAAGAAGGUGGCAAUCUAUUCUCAUAAAGAAGAAUACGGUUAAAGAGUCCGUCGACUAUAGAAGGAUCCUUAAAAAAAUUCUAAAAAAAAGAUUCCUACAACCAAAUAGACCGUAUGAAGCUGAAUCAACAAAAACUACAUAAAACUUAAUUAUACUUUUCUUUUCCAUUCAGGUUGUAAAAAUUAAAUUUUUUUCUCAAAAGUAAAAAAAAUUUUUAAGUACCAGACUAACUGAUAAGUAAUUAAUAAUUUAUAAUUUUUAUUAUUUGAAAUAGGAAAGCACUCAUCUUGGGGAGGGCUACUACUUAGAUGCUUUCAUUAGCUAUUCACCUAAGCUCUGUAAUAUCUCUUGUUGGAUUGGGUUGCCUUUUGUAUUUCAUCUUCAACCAUUCAGUUGAAUAUCCAAAGCAUCAGACGGUGGUUGUGUUCUUUAAUUCGACGGCUAAGAUUGGUCAGACUGAUGAUGAUUAUAUCUGUGCUACGUUGGAUUGGUGGCCUUCUGAUAAGUGUGAUUAUGGUUCUUGUAGUUGGGGCAUGGCCUCUCUUCUCAAUCUGGAUUUGAACAACACAAUUUUGUCAAAUGCAGUGAAAGCAUUUGCUCCCCUGAAAAUCAGAAUGGGCGGAACACUACAAGAUAAGUUAACUUACCAAACGGACGAGGAACAAUCUUGUAAUCCAUUUGUCCGGAACAGCUCUCAACUUCUUGGUUUCUCGGAAGGUUGUUUGCCUAUGGCUCGAUGGGAUGACCUUAACAGGUUCUUCAAAGAAACCGGGACGAACACUUUGGUAUUGUACCAUUGGAGGCAAUGGCAGCCUAUAAGCCCGUCAUUGCUUGUAACAGUGGAGGACCUACAGAAACCGUUAAGCACGAAGUCACAGGAUUUCUCUGUGAUCCUACUCCACAGGGGUUCUCGUUAGCUAUGGGCAAAUUCAUUCAAGACCCUGAUUUAGCACAAAGAAUGGGGGAGUGUGCCCGUCAGCAUGUCGUAGAGUCGUUUUCAAACAAGGUUUUCGGCCAGUAUUUGAACCAAUAUAUUGUCGACAUCGUUAGAGGGAAACUUGAUUGAUAAUGUAGGAACUAUUUCCAAUCGAGCAUAGGUCAGAAGUUUUGCGUAUCCCGAGUCUGUAAAGUAGAUACCUCGUAUAACAUAUGUAUGUUGAUACUUGAUAGUUGAUUCACGAAACACAAGUUGAAUGAUUUGAUUUUGUGUUGUUUAAUGAUAGGAAAUUUGCGGGAGAGUUAUUUUUGAAGAGAUGAAUUGGUUAAUUUCAUCGUUCUUUUUAAAUUUGACAUAAUUUUCAAUUA